CAAAAGCACGCACUCCAGGGGAGGCAGGGCGCGCGCGAGCGGCAUGGAAUGGAACCUCAAAAGGAUGGAGAGCGAGCUGAGGGAGAUCAACCCUGACCUGCUGCAGCCCAGCAAGAGCUUCAAGAAGCCGUCCUCGGCCACCGUCACGCUCAACGUCGGCGGCUACCUGUACGCCGCCCAGAGGCAGACGCUGGCCCGCCACCCGGGCUCCCUGCUGGAGGAGCUGGCCGGCGGGAAGAAGCCCGUGCAGCACGUGGACGCCAUGGGCAACACCUUCAUCGACCGCGACGGCCCCGUCUUCCGCCACGUCCUCAACUUCCUGCGCCUGGGCGAGCUGGUGCUGCCCGACGACUUCAAGGAGGCGGCGCUGCUGCGGCGGGAGGCCGACUUCUACCGGCUGGGCGAGCUGGCGCAGGCGGUGCAGGACUGGGAGCAGCGGCAGCUGCAGCGGCAGGAGCCCGCCCUGCUGGAGGUGACCGACCACUCCGAGCGCGCCCAGGGCCUCCGCAUCUACUGCAGCGACGCCGGCUUCAUCGACAAGGUCAAGGCGCGCCUGGUGCAGGUCUCCAAGAGCCGCCUGGACGGCUUCCCCGAGGAGUUCGAGGUCUCGUCCAACGCCAUCCAGUUCCGCCACUUCAUCAAGUCGGAGAUGGGCUCGCGGCUGGUGCUGAAGCAGGACAACACCUUCCUGUGCACGCUGGAUUGCCUCAAGCUGGAGACCGUCAUGCUGGCGCUGAGGAGCGGCUACCGGCUGCUCACCAGCCUGGACAGCGGCCGCGGGUCCGUGCUCCAGUCCGAGGCCCUCCACUUCGUCAAGUGACCCCCUGCAGAGGAGGUCCCCCCCGCUCCACAGGACGCCCACAAAGGUUCCGCCUUUACCCUUUCUCACGCGCACCUUUCACUCCUAAAUCCCUAUCUGUUCUGCUAUUCACAAAAGAGGCUUUGCUGUGAAAGGAAGCUAUAUAUCAGCAGUAAAUAUUUCUUGCCUGUGUUUAGAUUUAUUUUGCUACCUUCUGUCAGACUUAAUUUGCUUCCAGCAGGGAGAGAUGCAUGUGUGGUUUUCUGAAACAUGCUGAUGGAUUGCUCAGAUUUUCACACUGCAUAAACAGUAAUACAUCCAAGCUCAUCUGUUCUGCUUUAUAUUUGAUAUUUGUCAAGUAUUCUCAUGCAAAUUUAUAAUAUAUGGAAAGUCUCAUGUACCUGUCUGAGAACCUGUUGACUGCUGUCAGAAAAAGAAAAUACAAUAAGUAUUAUAAUACUAACUUAGCUGAUACCAUCUGAAGGAUGCACCUGAUAUGAACAGGAUUAAUAAGUAAAUGUUUUAUAAAAAUGCAUGCAUAAAGUGAUUACAUUUGAAGCUAUGUUGCAAUUUGUACUUGUAAAAGAAUACUCAGUUUGUGUUCCUAUUGACCUGUGAAUAUCUUUUGCAUAAAAUAAAAUGUGAUGACUGGUGAAUAUUGUAGUGUUCCUUUAUACCUCACAAGAGGGAAUAAUUUAACCUGAUCUGUAGGAGUGUGUGACAAUAGGUGGCUUGCUGCCAUUUUUAACAAUGUAAAUCUGGGUAUGUAAAAAAGAAGACUGUCUUUUCAAACAGAGACACAAAACAUUUAAAGGGAGAAAUGACUGCUGUUUCAUACCAACUUGAAAGCUGGUGUCACCAUACAGGCACAGAGAUUACAC